AUGGCAGCAACCUCCCAACCAACAUCCAGCCCGUCCCCGUCCCCGUCCCCGUCCCCGUCCCAGCCACCCAUCGACGACGGCACAGUCUGCCCCGGGAAUACAGUCCCCUGCUACGAAGGCUGCAUCCCACCCGACGCCGUCUGCUGCCACGCCUCCUCCGAGACCUGGUGGUGCAGAAAAGGCACGGUAUGCGGCAAACACGAAGCCGGCGGCUGCAUCCACCCGCCACACCGAGCCUCUCCCUCAUCCUCUGCCGCUACAACAAGCGACGACUCCUUCGCCACGGAGACAGAGAGAGUAUCGAGACCAAGUCUGACGGCCGCGACGACGACGACGACGACAAGCGGUCGCCAGCUUCCGACGUGCGUCUUUGAGAUGCCGCCUAUCGUGCAGAGGCAACAGCGGGAAGAGGACACGACUACGGUGUCGGUGUGUCCCACCGAGUUGGCCUCGGCCACUUCCGUCCCGGGUGCCGCUAGAGGAUCCGGGCCGGCGGUAACGGGUCAGUCGUGGGGUGUUGUGAUGUUGGUCGGGGUCGUGGUCGGGUUUGUGGUGAUGUUGGUCUGA